UGGCAUUCUCGAAACGGAUGGAUUAGAGGGAGCCAUCAAAAGCCUGACGGAACAACUCAUUUAUAAUGGUUUCCAAAAAGAACCGCAAUUGACGACUAUCAAUGGAAGCGAACCCAAAAGACAGGUAGAGAAGUAAGAACAAUGUACUCUGUUCGGAACCAGCCGGACCUAAACCAAUACGUCUUAGCAAUACUUGCAAAAUGCAAUCACCUCAACCAUCUCAAGCAACUUCAAGGCUUUCUCACCACCCUUGGCCACAGCCAAACACAGUUUUACGCCUUUAAGCUGGUCCGUUUCUGCGCUCUCUCUCUCGCCAACCUUUCAUAUGCUCGCUUCAUUUUCGAUCAUCUCCACUCUCCCAAUGUCUAUCUCUAUACUGCUAUGAUUACUGCCUACGCGUCUCGGCCCGAUCAUGAAUCGGCAUUUGUAUUGUACCGCAACAUGGUUCGUAGGGGACGCCCUCCGCCCAAUCAGUUUAUCUAUCCACACGUCCUGCAAUCUUGUCCCGAGGCUUGGGAAUCUCAUGGCACUAAAAUGGUGCAUGCCCAGAUUUUAAAAUCAGGUUUUGGUCGAUAUUCAGUUGUGGAAACCGCUCUUGUCGAUUCGUAUUCGAGGAUUUGUUCGGAUAUCAUUAGUGCGAGACAGGCGUUUGAUGAAAUGUACGAUAAAAAUGUUGUCUCAUGGACCGCUAUGAUUUCUGGGUACACCCGACUUGGGGAGAUUGGUAAUGCUAUAUCAUUGUUUGAAAAAAUGCCGGAUAGAGAUGUCCCGGCUUGGAAUGCUGUUAUUGCAGGGUGCUCUCAAAACGGCCUUUUCCCCGAGGCAAUUUCACUCUUCAGAAGAAUGAUCAAUGUUGCAUUGGAAGGACAGCAUCGAGGUAAUAGGCCGAAUCAGAUUACAGUUAUUUGUGCGCUCCCAGCUUGUGGCCAUACUGGCAUGCUCCAGCUUGGUAAAUGGAUACACGGUUAUGUUUACAAAAAUAGGAUUAAUAACAACACACUCAUCUCAAAUGCUCUAGUAGAUAUGUAUGGGAAAUGUGGGAGCUUGAAAGAAGCAAGAAGAGUUUUUGACAUGACCUCGAAAAAAACAGUGACCUCAUGGAAUUCCAUGAUCAAUUCUUUUGCUCUCCAUGGACAAAGUGAGAGGGCAAUUAACAUGUUUGUGGAGAUGAUGCAAUGUGAGGAUGAUGUCAGACCAGAUGAGGUUACAUUUGUUGGCUUGUUGAAUGCUUGUGCACAUGGAGGACUGAUUGAAAAAGGCCUUUCUUAUUUUGAAUUGAUGACUCGGGAUUACAGGAUCGAGCCCAAAAUUGAACAUUUUGGCUGCUUGAUAGACCUUCUAGGUCGAGCAGGUCGAUUUGAAGAAGCCGUGGAAGUUGCUAGGGGAAUGAGCAUGGAACCUGACGAGGUUGUAUGGGGUUCUUUGCUCAAUGGAUGUAAGAUUCAUGGUCGCACAGAUUUGGCAGAAUACGCAGUCAAAAAGUUGAUUGAAAUUGACCCAAAUAACGGUGGUUAUGGUAUAAUGCUAGCCAAUAUAUACGGAGAGCUGGGGAAGUGGGAUGAGGUCCGAAAGGUAAGGAAGAGGUUACAGGAACAGAAUUCUUAUAAAACUCCAGGUUGCAGUUGGAUUGAAAUUGACAACCGAGUUUAUCAGUUUUAUUCUGCUGAUAAAUCGCAUUACAAAACAGAAGACAUAUACAAAAUUUUGGAAAGUCUACUUGAUUUUGUUAUUUGGAAGUGAGAUCAGCAACGGUUCUCUCUUAUUCAGUUCGCUACUUUUCUCUCGACAACUAAGAGGAAAUCAGAGUGGGAGCAAAGAAAUUAUCGCUAUGUGCAUCAGAGUGCGUAGAAGCUCUGAUUGUAAUUAUAUACGAGUAUAAUUGGCAAAUCCUUUAAUUCAAUGCAAGUGGAGAGGUAUGUCAUUUCUCCCUCGUAACCGUGGCUAAUGCUCUAACAGACUCGGAGAGAUUUGAGGUUAUUCGAGGAAAUAAUAUGACUUUAGGAGUAACUUUAGCAGAUUUCAUGAGCAAAGGCUGCAACAAGACUCAAAAAAAAUAAAGAAAUAGGAGAAAAUAGAUUUUUUUUUUUUUUUUAUAAGUAAAACGGUAAUAUUAAUAAUAAUAGGCAUAGCGAAAUUACAUACUGAAACCCUUUUCUCCUCUGAAAAAGGAGAAAAGGGAUGUGAAACUGAAACCCUUUAUUCAUACUGAAAAGCCACAUAAACAUAGUUAAAAUGCUCGCUAAGAAGUGGUCCAUGGUUUUGAAGCUCCUGCUUGGCCUUACUUCUGCACUUUGGAUUUGGCUGGUUCAUCCUCUUCUGCAGCAAUGCUGACCACCCUGGGGCUCUUGAUCUUGUCAGGGGACAACUUGGGCAAUGUCAAAGUGAGCACACCGUUCUCCAACUUGGCCUUGACAGAAUCCAGGUCUACAUUCUCAGGCAACCGGAACUGCCUCCAAAACUUGCCAUAGGAUCUCUCCAUCCGGUGCCAGUGCUCCCCUUCCUUUUCCUCCUCCCUCUUCCUUUCACCGCUCACUCUCAGCACCCGGUCAUCCACCUCGAUCUUCAGAUCCUCCUGCUUCAAUCCCGGCACAUCCAGCUUUAUCAAAUGACCUUCCGGCGUCUCUUUCCAGUCUACCCUGGCCGGAGACAGUGCCAAGGCGCUGUCUUCCUUGUCAAGGCCAACUGGGAUUUGCUCCAAUACUCGGAACGGGUCUGUCCAUAUAUCAGCUAACAUACUCCCAGGACGCUCUAUAAGUGGCAGCAAAGACCCAUUGGAGAACCGAACAAGAGUACAGAGUAAAAGAAACGAAGCGACGACAUGCUUUAUUUGUGCUCUCAUUUUUCCUCUUGCUGCUUAUUUGGUGUGCGCUAAAAUUAAAUUGGGUUAUGUAGAUUGAUCGAUCUCAGAGAUGUUUUGUAGAAGUAGGACUUUAGGAGAAGGCUGAUCCUGUAUGGCAGUGUUUCACCUUUGAAGAGGGAGCGGGAGGCCAUGCUAUUUAUUAUUACGCGUGGAAGGGACAGGCAUUAGACGUUGGAAAACUUUGGAGAGGUCUAGAGAAAUAGGGAAGGUUCCAGCAUUACUUUCUCCCGUAAGCUGAGCUUUUACAGUAGAGAAGGGAGUGUGCCAGAUCUUUCCAACAUGUUCCAGACGAUUCAUGUCCCGUUCUUUCGGUUUAAUAUUUUUUUGAAUUUGAGGUUCAAGUGAUUGAAAAAGUAGCUCAUAAAAGUGAGUUCUAAAUUUUUUUUACUCUCACCGUGUAAAUAUUUCGGACCAGCAUUUAAAAAAGUAAUAAAUAUUUUAUAUUCCAUUUCUAUUUA